UACGUUUAACUUGGAUUUUAGACGAUUUGUUAAUUUCAAUUUCACUAUGGAAGAGAUUGUAGCUUUAGAUUCCAGCAAACAAAAACAGUUUGUAAAAUCUAUAAAAGGAAUUAAAAAUCUCAUAAAGAAGAAUGAUGAGAAAGAAGUGGUGAAGCCACAGGAUGGUAAAGCCAAGAAAAAGAAGAAGGGACCACAAAGGGGCCUUGUUUACUUGGGUCAUAUACCACAUGGUUUUUAUGAGAAUGAGAUGACUCAAUACUUCAAACAGUUUGGAGUGGUUACCAACGUAAGAGUGAUCAGAUCGAAACGCACAGGACAUUCCAAGGGGUUUGCAUUUGUGGAAUUCAAGGACACGGCUGUUGCUGAGAUAGUGGCGGAAACUAUGAACAACUAUCUCAUGGGAAAGAGGCUUAUCAAAGCUGCAUAUAUCCCACCAGAAAAGCAGAGAAUUCAUGCUAGAAGGAAAUUUUGGAGUUCCACAUUUAAUCCUGGCAGUGAAGCAAGACUUAAACAAAAAAAGAUUCACAAUGCUAACAAAGAUGAGCAAGGUGAACUGAAAAAAGCCAAAAAACUUCUAUCAACUUUAACAAAACAGAAGAAUAAGUUGAAGGCUUUGGGCAUUGAGUACAAAUUCGAGCCUGUAGAUGUACCUGAAAGUCUUCUGCAGCUGCUUUCAAGCCCAGUAGUGAAACAGGAGGAUAAAGUUGUGAAAAGAAAGCUGGACAAUGAAAAGAAAGAAGUUAAGCCGAAAGACACUAAUAAACAAACUGCUGAUGUAAAGAAAGACAAGAAAAAACUGGUUAACCAAAACAAAAGCGAUAAAUCGAAUGUGAAACCUGAAAUCACUGCAAAGGUUGAAGAAAAACCUAAAAAAUCAAAGAAACCUAAACCAGAAGUUAAAGUUGAUAUAAAACAACAGAAUCAGAAAGAGAAAAAAUUAAAAGAAUCCGGCGUCAAACCUGUUGAAAACUUUAUAAAAAUUCAAGAAGAAUCUGGUGAAGACAGUGACAGCUCAUACGCUUUUGAUUCAGACGAGUUUGAGAAAAUGCUAGGUGAUGUGAGUGGUGAUGAUUCUGAUGGCAGUGAUGAUGAUGAUGAAGCAGAUGACCUUGAGGAAUCUGAUAGUGAAGAGGAGCCUCCCAAAAAAAUAAAGCACAUCCCCACAAAAGGUCCUGUAGCAAAAGCAGCAAAACAAAUAAAAAGUGAGGACAAGAAAAAGAUGCCACAACGAAGGCCUAGCAUAAACAUGCCUGUUCCACCUAAGAAGUCGAAGUUCGAAAAUAGGAAUACGCAAAAACUAGCAAAGAAGCAAUUUAAGAAGAAGAAAUAAACAAAUUUAAUAUGUUUUAGUAUUAAUUACUGUUAUCGGUGACUUAUAAUUAUAAGGGUAUUCAUAAAAUAAAUGAAUUUUACGUUUA